CUAACUCCGUGUUGACGGCCAAGAUUUUGUGCCAGCUGCAAGCUGUCAAGAGCAUCCACAAUGGCAUCAGACAGCAGCAAACAAACAAGGAGCGGGUGAUCCACAAACAAAGGAAUCGAAUAUUGUCCUCUCUAGCUAGUAGCUGUGUUGCUACAGUAUUGUGUGAUUGUCCUUCUCUCAAGUUGAAGUGAACGAGCUGGCUGUGAUUGUCAAAAGCCAAGAGUUCCUGAAGUAAAACGUACCAUGAGCAACAGUAGCAGCAACAAGUACGACGGCGGUCCAUUGGAUUCGUUGAACGACGCAUUGAUCAAUACAUGGGUGCGUCAAUUGAAAGCCGAAUUGCCCGAGAAUGUAGAACGAUCGCGGCAAUUGAGCAAUUUGCCGACUACGGAUGACACUACUAGUAGUAGUAAUCGCCACAAACGUCGCGUCUUGAAUGGCCACUACGUCUUGGUGGAACCGACGGGGUUGCCACAACCCAAACUGGUCAUUGUGAGCAAAGAUGUCGCGCAAAACUUACUCGGAUUGACGCCCGCACAAAUCGAAUCGGAAGACUUUGUCCAGUUCGUAUCGGGCAAUGUGACGCUGCAAGAAAGCUGGGCGACUCCGUACGCACUGAGUAUCAUGGGAGAACGCUACACCAACAAUUGUCCCUUUGGCGAUGGCACGGGAUAUGGAGAUGGACGGGCCAUUAGUAUUGGAGAGGUCUCUUCCAACAACACUGCCAAUAAUACUAGUGUGCAGGGCUACGAACUACAACUCAAAGGAGCCGGCAAAACCCCAUUUCAUCGCGGCGCCGAUGGCCGGGCCGUAUUGCGCUCCAGUGUCCGUGAAUUCUUGGCGUGCGAAGCCAUGCAUUGGUUGGGUGUCGCCACGACGCGGGCUCUGAGUUUAGUAGUAUCGCAAACGGAAACCGUCCAACGACCGUGGUAUUCGGAUAGUGUGACACUGCAAAUCCCAAACAUGGACGAUCCCCGGCUCGAACAAUUCCCACCCGCUCAACGCAAAGCCAUUUUACGAUCCAUGCGCAAUCAAAAAGCCGAUCCCAAUGUACUCGUCAGUGAAGCGUGUGCCAUUACCUGUCGCGUCGCUCCGUCGUUUGUGCGAGUGGGACACAUUGAUCUCAUGGCACGGCGGGCUAUCAAAACCAAAGACGCUGUCACUACAACCAAAUACGACACGACAUCCAUUCAUUGGCAGGAAUAUCAAGAUUUGAUUUGGCAUGCGUGUUAUCGAGAAUUCCACAAGGAUGCCUAUGCACCCUUCUUUCCACAACACGACAUUGUCAGUGCGGCCAAUGUACUACUGGAGAAAUCCAUGUUCAAGAUUGCCACCAUGGUUGGAAAUUGGGUCCGCGUCGGAUUCGUCCAGGGAAAUUUCAAUGCCGACAAUUGCUUGAUUGGUGGAUAUACCAUGGAUUAUGGACCCUUUGGAUUCGUCGAAGAAUACAGUCCCGUCUAUGCCAAAUGGACCGGAUCCGGACAACACUACGGAUUCCUCAAUCAACCCAUUGCCGGAUUGGCCAAUUUCAAUACACUCGUCGUUAGUGUGGCGCCAUUGCUAGCGACAUUACAAGAAAAAGACGAAAGUGUCAUUGUGGAAUCCUGGAUGACACGCGCCAAGACGGUCUUUCAACGCACCGCCGAUGAAACCUUUCGUAUCAAAAUGGGAUUCACCAAGGAACAGCAUACGGCGGACAAUUUGUGGAAGGAACUGGAACCUCUUCUACGAGGCAGUCGCGUCGACUGGACGCUCUUUUGGCGACAAUUGACCUAUCUCAUGAGAGAUUUCCCCGAUCUGACAUCAGACGACUACGAUGGCAUGUUCUCCUUGUUGGAAGCUCGAGAAAAGGGCAGCAAUUUUUACAAUUUCGGACCCUUCUACGAAGACUUUUCUUGGGACUUGCGCAAAAUGUGGGUCGAUUGGAUUCGUCUGUGGCGGGAAGCAUGCGCGAGCACAGGAGAUGGUUCGAUUACGUUUUACGAACGCAUGCGACAGGUCAAUCCCAAAUAUGUGUUGCGGGAGUGGGCGUUGGCGGAUGCCUACAAGGCCGCUGCCAAGGGUAAUUAUGCCGUCAUCAAGGCAUUGCACGAAUUGUGUCAACACCCCUACGACGAAGGCAAUGCCGAACAGGCCAAGAAAUACUAUCGUCGGACCCCGGAAAAGGCACAGUUUUCCGGUGGAACGGCAUUCAUGUCCUGAUCCAGUUAAGCGUGUCAACUUUUAAGUAAGAAUGCAUGGCAUGACACAACUGUCGAGGUUACAAAGACAGUGGCUGCCCAUGAAUGCAUUUGACACGCGGAUACAAAAAAACUUGCACAAAACUCCUUUCGGGAACGGAUCUCGCCGAGUGAAUGACAGAAGGAGAGUCGGUAGCACCACAUUCUGUGGAUGUUUAGCCUUCUCUUUCUUGACCAACUCUGCAUCUGUAAGAGAUCUGCUUCUGACGGACUAACUAAAAAGUAUUUAUCAGUCUUUCUACUAGAUAUCUUCUUUCUGCUUUC